AUGUCCCUCUUCAACUUAUCAACAAUCAUUGCCUUUGACAAGCAAAAGAUAGAACAAGCGGCCUGGGUGGGUGAACAGUAACCUAAGGAGCGAAAUCAACAGGAACCAUUAAUCGUGGAGAAAAUACUGUGUCGAUGGGCAAGUUGAAUAUUUCAACACAUAAAAGACAUGGAUAGAGAAACUGAAAAGCAUGAUUAUAAAAGACGCUCCGCGAAUUGGAGAAGAAUUUGCUACGAAAGACAACACAGAGCCCAAAAUUUCUCUUCAACUACCUUACGAAAUGUACAAGGAACAAAAAUCAAAACCCCUUAAGGCGGCUUUGAGAUUGCUGAUAGCAGAGGUAAUGCCGGGUAGUUUUCACAGCUUUCCUACUCAGUCUACAUAAACGAGGCAAAGCGCCUUCUCCAGUCCAUAAAAGAACUGCCGACUCCAAGCAAAAGUAAUAUACUCUUCUCAGAAGGUAUUGUCCGAAGGAACUUGGAGGCAUUGGACGCUUCAAAGACGCGACGAACAGACAAGACUUCAUUCAAGUUUCUCGAAAUAUCUGCCAGUGAGCUUUCUGUGCCUUUUUCGAUGCUCCUUCAAACGUCAUUUGACACUGGAACACUUCCUAUCGAUUGAAAACUGGCACAUUAGACUGCUAUACAAAGGAGGUACCAAGCACCAACGGAAAAUCGCAGGCCCAAAAGCUUAACAUGCAUUCUCGGCAAAAUUAUGUCGGAUCAUGAAGAGUGAAUUGAUGCAAUUCCCGGAAGUUCAUGACCUGCCAUCGAACUGCCAACAUGUGUUCCGGAAAGGAAAAUGCCGUACGAUAAUUUGGCUGGAAUCUCUCCAGAGAUGGAACCGAGGUAUAAACAACAGGCACGCGGUCCAUCUUACAUAUAUUGACUUCCAGAAGGCGUACGAUACUGUGCUACACCAGAGACUGUUACACAAACUGAAAAAAUGGGGAUCAGAGGCAACUUCCUCAAGUGAAUCGAAAACCUCCUUGCGGAUCGACAGGAGAUUGUUUACAUUGGUAAGGUAAGUCAUAUCCUGCCGAGAUCGACAGUGGACUUCCCCAGAGUUCAGUACUGGGAUCCAUUUUGCUCCUAACAUACGUGGUCGAUUGCGCAAGAGCACCGGACUGCGAAGCGGCAAUGUGCGCAGACGACAGGAAGUUAUGGAAUGUAAUUCUCGGCCUUACGGACGAAGAUCGACUGCAGAUGAAUCUGAAUCGAUUGGCAGAGUAGUCUAACGUUGGUUCGUGCAGUUCAACGUCCGUAGGUGUACUAUUUUUCGACUAGGCAACCCAGUCAGAUCCAUUAGAGCAGGAAAUUACUUUCUUGAAGUUGUAGUGAUAUGAGACGUCAAAGGCCAAAGGGACCUCGGUUUGCAGCUGAAGACCUUCUUAAACCGUCCGCUAAUUGUUCGAGAGUGUCAGAAGCACAAUUUCCGUUCUAUACACCAUAAAGUUGCAUUUAUGAAUUUUGACGAAGAUGCCUUCUCAUAGACUUCCGGAAGACUCUUGUGGCUGCAUUUGGAAUACGGCAUGCAAUCCUAGAGACCUUGGACUAUUCAAUAUUAAAAUUGUCUUGAAAAAAUCCAGAGGAGAGCCACGAAAAUAGUUAUGGGCAAAAAGCUCCUUUCCUUAUGCAAGCAGCCUAGUAAAUCUGAACCGCCUCCUUCUGCAUCAUAGGCACCAUCGCAGAAGCUCUUGCAAGCAUUCAACAUAGUAAUGGGUUUGGACUGCAGCCUGAUCUUUAAUGCUUUUUGAAUUCCCUACCACGACUAAUCUCCGAGAUUUCCCGUCCAAACUUCGCACUUAACAUGCAAGGCUGGAUGUGCGGAAGUUCUCCUCCUCGGUCCGAGUGGUUAGUUCAUGGAAUGCCUUCCUCGCAGAAGUUGUCAUGUUUCCUCGACACAAAACUUCAAACAGGACUUUGAUAUACUUAUAUUCCGAAAUCAGAAAGAGCGAUAAGAAAACGAGUUCAUCUCCUGGGACUCGCUCAUAUUAUGAGCCCGUUUGAAUUAUUGCCGCCCAGAUAACCCUUCUUUACACUGUGCCCAAUUUUCAAUUGCAAUUAAAGUACUCAAAGGCUCCUGCGAAUGUCACCGAAUAAACUGAACUAAAUUGAACUGACAAGAGCAUAAACUUCGAUUACCUGCCGGCACUUCGAUGAAGCCCGCUCAGCCUGAAGGCAUUUUGGCAGUUGUCAUGUCUCUUUUCCUAUCUGUCCAAUGUAAAAAGGAUUCAAAUGUAGACUUUAUAAAUGUGCUUUUUUCAUAGGUGUUAGUCAUGAAAUGCCAAAACUCUGGCGAGGGUCAUCAAUAAGGAAUGAUUUACGUCAAGCCGCUGGUUUUGAAUUUGCGAUAAGUGGAGGAUAUUAUUUUAAGUGGUUUUUCUGUGAGACCUAACGAUUUUAGUACCUGUUUUUUGUUUGAAUUUCCUUAAAUACAGGCCUUUUCUCUAAGAACUGCCUGCUGCCAUCUCCUUUCGAGUUUUGCUAGUCUAUGCCCGUUGUUCACUAAUCGCAUUUUGCAAUUCUCAUUUUGUGCAUCCGAUUUCUCUCUAACUGUUGUAAUUUAUUUUUACAUCGUUAGCCCCUAGCUGAAAUUCAGUCAACUUGUUUGCCAGAAGUUUUCUUAAUCACAAAUUGCCUCGAGACAAGAUGAGACCAAAAGUCACUGGUCGACGUAAGCUCUCGGCUCUUGUAAGUAAACACGGCCUAACUAAACGUUAGUCAGAAGCUUUACCUAAAUCUAAGUCAGAUGAUAUAACUAGUCAGUCGUCACCCGUUUUUAUUGGUCGGCAGCUGAAUCUGUCUGCACUUGACCACUGCAAUGACUUUAUGCUAAAGUUUGGCUCUUUGCUGACAAUUCUUGGACAUUUAUUCGACGGGAACAUCUCCGAUAUUCCCUCUGAAGAAUGUAGGCGUCUCGACUCACUUGUUCACUUGAUCGCCAGUGAAUCUAGUGAUAGACAGAAGCGUUCUUACAACUUCCUGCUAAAAAAUGUUCCUCGAUCUGCUCGGCCAAUUGAUGUUGUGACCAGUUUCCUGUAUUCAUGUGGUUUCAACUACAAAAUAGCUGAUGCCAAACGCUUGUCCUCCCGUAGUACAAAUCCACCCAUCUUAGUCAAAUUGUUUUCAUCAAUUGAAGUUGACACAAUCUUUACUCAUAGAGAGCGUAUCACUGCGUACUAGAGAAGGCAAAAUUUUAUCUUUGUCAUGAUCUUACUCCUAUGGAGCGUAGAAUCGGGUCUCUAUUCUCACGUAAACCCACUGCUUCUCAGUCUAAUGCUCCCCAACUCGGUCAUAAUACAAGUGGCCGUAAGGAUUCAGCUUCUCCUACUCCUGCGACAUCUGACUCCCUCCUUCCACUUUCUCCUACAUCUCCAUCUCACUCAAGACACUUGACGCAUUUGCCUGCCCCUAAACUUGCAGCAGCAGCAGCAGCAGCAGCAGCAGCAGCAGCAGCAGCAGCAGCAGCAGCAGCAGCAGCAGCAGCCCCAUUUGUCGUUUCGUAUCCUCCGGAUAGUCCCGCAGAGACACAUGAAAAUCCGUCUACAUCAGCUAGACCGAUAA